AUGGCAGAAAGUUUCACUGCUCACAGCCCUCCAGUCGUGCUUCUGCCUUUAGAGACCACACACCCAAGAGAUGCUACUCCACACACUGCCCCACACCCAAGAGAUGCUACUCCACACACUGCCCCACACCCAAGAGAUGCUGCGUCACACACUGCCCCACACCCAAGAGAUGCUACGUCACACACUGCCCCACACCCAAGAGAUGCUACCUCCCACACUGUCCCACACCCAAGAGAUGCUACCUCCCACACUGUCCCACACCCAAGAGGUGCUACCUCCCACACUGUCCCACACCCAAGAGGUGCUACGUCACACACUGCCCCACACCCAAGAAUGUUACCCCACACACUGUCCCACACCCAAGAGGUGCUACCUCCCACACUGUCCCACACCCAAGAGAUGCUACCUCCCACACUGUCCCACACCCAAGAGAUGCUACCUCCCACACUGUCCCACACCCAAGAGAUGCUACCUCCCACACUGUCCCACACCCAAGAGGUGCUACCUCCCACACUGUCCCACACCCAAGAGAUACUACCUCCCACACUGUCCCACACCCAAGAGAUGCUACCUCCCACACUGUCCCACACCCAAGAGGUGCUACCUCCCACACUGUCCCACACCCAAGAGAUACUACCUCCCACACUGUCCCACACCCAAGAGAUGCUACCUCCCACACUGUCCCACACCCAAGAGGUGCUACCUCCCACACUGUCCCACACCCAAGAGAUGCUACGUCACACACUGCCCCACACCCAAGAAUGUUACCCCACACACUGUCCCACACCCAAGAGAUGCUACCUCCCACACUGUUCCACAUUCAAGAGAUUCUAUUCCACACACUGCCCCACACCUAAGAGAUGCUACCCCACACACUGCCAUGCCCCCUCUACUCAGGCAACCACCUCAGACCCAGUCUUGAGUUCCAGAUUUCUCAUCUGCAGAUAG